AUCAUUUGGUAAGAAUUCUUACCUCAAAUCCUAGGGAUUUAGAGUAUGAGUUUUAUCAAGCAAGAAUAUUUGAACAGAGAUUGUGGUCACUCUACAAACAAAUAAGGACGGAGGACAAAAUAAAGUGAUUGAAAAUUUAUUGUAAAAACAACCCAAUUAAAUACUUGGUGGAUUUGACUCAUUUGAGCAAUAUUAUUACUGCAAUUCAUUCUUCCUUCAACCUUCCAAACCUCCAUGGAUUCCUCGCUAGUGUCGAGGUUAAAGAGAGAGAAUGCCGAAAUGGCUAUGAAACUCAACAAUUCUUUGAAGGAAAACAGAAAUUUAACCAAAGAAUUGGAGCAAUUGAAGAAGGAUCAUGGCGAAUUGCUACUCAUCAACAACGAUAAUCAGCAAAAACUUCCCGAGUCAAGGAUCGAGUGCGAAGAUCUAACAGAGAGACUAUCUGCAGCAAAUGAGGAAAUUCAGAGGUUAAAGCUCGAAUUUGGGGGAAAAAUUAGGGUUUUAUCGAACGAGGUUAAAGUUUUGAAGAAGCAAAAAGGAGAUUUGAAUGAGAAAAUUGGGGAUUUAGGGGAGUAUACGGCGAGAAUUGAAGGACAACUGGUUGAUUGUAGGUUGCAAUGUCAGAAAUUGAAGGAAAAAAUCACCAAGUUCGAGGAGAAAAAUCCAGAAAAAUCGAGGAUUACAGUGAAGAAUGACAAGUUAGAGAGGAAAUUGAGUAGUGUAAUGACUGCUACAAAUGAGCGAUUUCGAUCUUUUGAGAAACGCAUCUUAGAAUUGGAGCGAGUUGCUGCAAUUUCUUCUGGUUCAGGUCCACAGUUGGUUGACACAAGGCACACAACUCAAGUCAUGCAAGAAGGCCAAGAACAGGAGAAUUAUGGGCUUGAAGAAGAACGUGAAGGGCUUGUUGGAGCCCAAUCUGGUCAUGAAACAACAAUCAAUAAAGAGAAGAUGGCUUCAUCAAUGCCAAGUCUGAAAACGACUAGUGCAGCUCAUAUCAAGGCACAUACAGAGAGUUUUGGGUCUGACACAAGACCCACUAAGCCUGUUGGAACCCGGUCGGUUUCUGAAACACCCACUUCCGAAGAGAAUUCAGCAUCUUCUACACCAUGUGUUCACAAAUCUCCAUCAGUAUCUCCGUCCGUUGCUGAGAUAAGUAGUUCUGAUGACGAUAGAGUAUUAUCUUUGCGCAAAGGUCAUAAAAGGAAGCCAUCAUCAUCAUCUGAUGUUUCUAACAAGGAGGAUGGUGCCGGCUCCAAGAAAAACAGCUCAAAGGAAUGGACAAUGUUUAAGAAUGGAAAAGCUUCAGCAUUUGAGAAAGCUCAAAUUGCAUCGACCGAACCAAUGAUGACAGAUUAUGAAAGGUUAAUGAACAUUGAAGAAAAUGCCAUGAGAUUGAAUACUUUAGGGAAGGAGAAAGUCACUGACAGUAGUGAGCAUGAUCAAGACUAUGUACCUGAUGAUAACCAUGACUCAGCUGACGAGUCUUUUGACGGUGAUCAAGAGCCAGAGGUGUUUACUGAAGUAGAAGUACGUUCAACACCGAAGUCUGUACCAAAGAAGAAGGCAAGGGCUAGAGAGCAUGAACUUAGGAAGAAAAAGAAGCAAAAAUUGUGCCCUUCUUUGGCAUUGGAUGAUUACAUGACGAUGCAAGAAAAAGUGGAUAUAACUGAAGCAAAUCAAUUAGAGGUAGAAGUAAAUAUACCGGAACAAGAUCGCUUAAGAUCUAAACAUCAAUAUUCUGACAUAGAUCCAUCGGAAAACCAAGAGAUGACCACUCUCUCGGAAAAUGAAGGUCAAAAUAGAAAGGGCCGAGGGCCGUCAAAGUUAACUAAUGUUUAUGCUCGCAAAUGGGAAGAUCGCGUUGUUAUUUGUUGCAACGACGAAGGAAAACCUAUUGGACCUAAAAGAUCUGAGCUCACCAGAUUUUUAGGAACCAUUGCCCAUAAUCACAAGUGGGCACCUUUAACUUACAUUAGUUGGCAAAAAGUUCCAAACAAGGAGAAGAUAUGGAAAUUUGUAAAUAGUAAGUACAUCCUUCCAGCAAAAUUAAAAGGUUGGGUAAUGGGGAAGCUUGAUUCAUCUUGGAGGGUUUUCAAAUGCCGAAUCAAAAGAAACCAUUACUAUAAGUAUGACAGCUAUGAAGAGAGACUGAAGCAUCGUCCGAAAAGAGUGCCUGAAUCACACUUUAAAACACUUCUAGCAUAUUGGGAUUCUAACGAGGCAAAGAAAACAAGCUUGCAGAAUUCUCGAAAUCGCCAAGAACAAGAUAAAAUGCGCACAGCUAGCCCUGUUCCUUUGGCUGUGAUUAAUAACCAGAUGGAAGAUGAUGUGGCACCAUCUAAAAGAAAGACGUUUGCGAAAACUCGAAGCCAGAAAGAAGUGGAAACAAAUGAUCAAUCUGAUGAUGAUACACUCAAGAAGACUCAAUCAAUGAGGCGAUUGGAAGCCUUGCAAGCAGAUCAUGGACGAGGUGUUUCCCACAAGAAGCUCAAGGAGAAAGGAGCAGAUACUUCUUUAAUUAUACCAAAGGAGGUCAUGGAGUCCAUCAAAAGUGCCAUAACAGCUGAUGUGCAGAAUAAUAUGAGUUCUGAAGAAGAUGAAUUAGUGAAAGAAAAGCAACCUCAUGUUGCACAAGUAGCUGAGACGCAGAGCAGAUCUGAGAAGCUUGAAUGCCAGGCCUCUAAAGUACAAGAUAUGCAAAAGAAUUUUGACACUCAUGAGGAAACCAUGACUCUUGAUGUGGUUGCUUUAGCUCUUGCACGUCUACGCCGAAAGGACCCUAGCUUGACACCAGAAAUGAUUGCUAAUGUUAUUGCAUCAACUGCUACAAAUGGUGCAUAACGUAACUUUGAAUGUGUUUCGUGAUUAUUUUCAGAUUUCAGCUCAUUUUGCUGUCUUCGAGACUGGUUCAGAGUUUUGAAGUUGCUGAUUCUGUGUUUACAAGUCUGUCAUAAUUCUUAUCUUACCCCUGGCUUCUUGUUAUUGUUGAGCAAAGCCUGUGUUUUAGUUUUGAUAUGCUGGUUGGUUUGCAGUUUGUACCCAUGUCUGUUCAUUUGCUAGGCAAGUUGCUGGGUAUUUUUUCAGAUAGCUCUGUCUCUUCCUUGUAAUCCUUAGCCUUGCUCUUGUAUUGUCUUUUUAACUUGGUAUAUUUUUUAGUUACAGGAUGUGUAAAAAUGCUCAGAUAUGUUUAAGAACUUCUAAUUAUUGAAAAUGCUACUCUA